AUGGCGGCGUUAAUGGCGGUUAACCUCUAUUAUAUCGCAGACCGUGUUGUCUUCGCGUGUCUGGUUACCGGCUCACUCGCCCUUCUCUGCUACCUCAUAGUCGUGGUUGCUGACUAUCUGGAUGGAUGGAGCCGGAGGAGGGCUCUAGGUGACAUCCCCAUUUUGGAUGGAGGGAACAAAUUCAGUCGCUUGCUGAGACGGAACCAGAGCGACUUGGAACAUGCAAAAGAAUAUGCCAAGGGAUACAAUCAGUAUAUCAAAGCGGGCAAACCGUAUGCAACAAAGAUGCAACACGAUGAUUAUGUUGUUGUACUUCCCCAGAAUGCUUUCAAGGAAUAUCGUAAUCUGCCAUAUGAUCGAGUGAGCUUCCUUCAUGCGUUAGAACAGCUCAUCGACUCGAAAUUGCAUUUUAAUGUAAUCACCAGGCUUCCCAUUGAAGCGCUUCAAUCUUGCAACAAUGAGGCUACUCUGAAGAAUUUCCAUGACCUCAUAGUGCAGGAGAUUGACAAAUACAUGCCCUUGGUUUUCUCCCGGAAAGACAGUAAGCAAAAGGAACAAGCGGAUUGGAAGGAGUACAGCACAGGAGAUGCAAUCUUCUCAAUAUGCUCCAAUGUCGCCAUGUCCGUGAUCGUCGGUCCAGAAUUCGGUGCAGAUCAGACACUCGUGGACGAGACUGUGUCGGUUGCUGACACCAUGGAGAUAAGCCGCUAUACACGUACGGGCUCCCCGCGCAUUCUGCGGCCAUUGAUCUGGCGCUUUAUGCCACUAUUUCGUGGCUUGAGGGCAAAGCACGCCAUGUACUAUGCAAGACUAGCUCCGGAGGUACAGCGCCGUAUUGACAAUGUACGAAUGGGACAAGCGAAGACAGACGACGACAGACCAUUUACCCUGUUGGAUUCCUUGAUUAACGUAGCGUUCAAGAACGGCACCUUGAAUCGGAACGAGAAGAAUGCGGAUGAGGAUGAGGUUGUGUACCUGUUGGUCCAGGUAGUUGUGCUCUUCCAUCUUGAACUCACCAGGCCCAUUUCAGCAAACGUGACGUUUCAAAUAUUCAGUAUAUUGGAUCACCCAGAGUACAUAGACCCCCUCCGACAGGAAAUCACAGACGGCCUGAAAGCCCUUGGUGGGAAUUGGACAUCUGAGAUGAUAAAACUCACCCCCAAACUGGAAAGCUUUGCUCGAGAGACUUUCCGGAUGCAUGAAAUAGGAGCCUUCGUGGGUAUCCGCCGUGUAAUGAAACCACUCACUCUGAAAACACUGGACCUGUCUCUCAAACCCGGCACACUCAUCGUGACUCCCUCCGUUAUUGCUCAGCGUGAUCCCGAUAAUUACCCGGCUGCAGCGACGUUUGAUGGAUAUCGCUUCUAUGAUGCUUGUAAUGGAACCUGUACGCCGCGGCUGACAACCGCAACCUCUACCUUCCUAGUGUUUUCACAGGGGAUCAGUACCUGCCCUGGUCGAUUUCUAUCCGCCCACAUGCUGCGGACCAUAUUCAUGAAGUUUUUACUCCAGCAUGAUAUGGAGCCCCCGCAGAAAGAGAAGCUGCAGGCGUAUGGACUUCCCAGUUUAGGGUUCAUUUACAACCCUAACAGGUCGGUUGUGAUGAGAGUUAGACCACGGCAUUCAACAGACUAG